ACUUAAUUAAAUCAUUAUUUUCUAUCGAAUUAUCUUUUUAUUUCUUGCUAAUUUUCUCUCUCGACGUGACGAGAAGUAACUUGCGAGUAACACAUAUUUCGUUUCUCUUUCCUUGAAGAGAAUCGCGAAUCGAGAACGAGAGGACUCGUUAAAAGUAAGACGAGAAUAACGGGGAAAAGUUGUCGCGUGAGUCAUACACCUGUUCGGACGUACAUACUUGCGUAUAUAAAUAAAUACGUACAUAGGAUUCGUAUAUACGUAUAUAGUAGUCGCCAAGAAUCUCGUUAAUUUCUUUCGAAAGUGUCAUUUAUUCGUGUGCUGCACCGAUCUCUCGGGAGGAUUAUUUCGUGCCGACUCGAAAAUCUUCAAUUUAAAUUCCCGUCGUGUACUAAACCCGUUGUAAAAUUAUCACGCACGGAAAUAAAUAAAGUGAAAAUUUUGAGAUAUAAAUGAUGAAUAAAAAGAAUGAUCGUUUCGAUUCCCUUAAUAAAUAUAUCUCUCGUCGAUCUUUCCUUUCUCAUCGUUCGUCUUAAUUUUAUUAUCGAAUAACUAUGUCGAUAAUAAACAAAAAAAAAAAAAAAAAGAAGGAAGGAGCGAUUCGUUCGAGUUCUCAACUCGUUCGUAAUUUUCUUUCGACUCCGAUCAUUUCGAUAUUUGUUUCUUACGGUUAUUAUUAGGAGAUUAUACAAAAAAAAGAAAAAAAAAACGGAAAGAAAUAAAAAGAGAAAGAAAAACUAGCCACGCCAAUAUGUCUAGCGAAUCUAGAAAGUUUCGAUAGCGAUGUAUAGGAAUGCUCUAAGAGGAAGCGGAACUGCGGCUCGUAACUUUGAAAUGAGCAUUCCAAUCAGCCGCUUUGACGUUCGGCGACGCUUUCACAAUUAUAUCCUUUUUGAUCGUUCUAGCGAAUCAUAGAACAGCGAUUCGAGGAUUAUCUCGAGAACGUAAAAAAAAAUAUCGUUUUAGUUCGACUAGGAGUUAUAAAAAUGGAGUAUGAAAAUGGAACAUGUUCGACAAGAUAAAUUUUUAUUUUAUUGUUGCAUAUAAAUAUAUUAUUGUCAUACGAGAAUCUAUCGUAUAUUUCUAGACUAAUUCAUUAUAAUUCUAAUUUUCUUUUGCCUUUUAAGGUAUCUCAUUUAGUAUCACUUUACGUUGAGAGUGCACUUGCAUUUUCUUCUCAUUGAUUGCCAAAUAAAUAAAUAAAUGAAUAGAAAUUAUUUCGUAUGUGAAGGAGAGAAAAAAAAAAAAAAAAAAAAAAGAAAAAAAAAAUAGAAGAACUAGUCGAUUAUACACGAUCGAGUCCGUUGUCGUCAAGUACGAAAACCGCACGGUACUUUAUCUAACCGCACCUCGACAAGAAAACCGCGAUAAGGUUUAUAAAACGAAGACCACUUCCAGCACUAGGAAGACCUUCACCCGUUUUCGAUGGCCGCGGGUCGCGUAAAUGUGCCCUGGGAAAACAUUUUGCCAGUCUUGUAAGAAGAAGUGUAGCGGGGAGGUAUUGAGGGUACAGGAUAAAUAUUUUCAUAUAGGUUGUUUCAAGUGUGCUCAGUGCAAUGCUAGUUUAGCACAAGGUGGCUUCUUUGCUCGAGAGGGUUCCUACUAUUGUACGAAGGAUUACCGAGAACGUUGGGGCACGAAAUGUGCUGGGUGCGGAGAAUACGUUGAAGGUGACGUUGUUACAGCUGGAGAGAAGCAUGCCUUUCAUCCAAAUUGUUUUCACUGUCAAAGAUGCAGACAGCCGUUGCUUGGACAAGGAACGAAAGUUUCUCUGGUACAAGGUCAAGCUCUAUGUCAUCGAUGCGUUGGUAUCCCCGUUCGAGAAGCAUCGACGCCAGUGGGGAAUAGCGGUGGUGGUACUCGAGGAUCCAGCGAUGCCACGACUGACCCUGGUGCUUGUGCCGGCUGCGGAAACCAAUUGCGAGAAGGUCAAGCUUUGGUCGCUCUCGAUCGUCAAUGGCACGUUUGGUGCUUCAAAUGUCAUAGCUGCGACACCGUUCUACAUGGCGAAUAUAUGGGGAAAGACGGCGUGCCUUAUUGCGAGAAGGAUUAUCAGAAACAAUUUGGCGUGAAGUGUGCGUAUUGUAAUCGUUACAUAAGCGGCAAGGUUCUACAGGCCGGUGAUAAUCAUCAUUUUCAUCCGACCUGCGCUCGUUGUACGAAAUGCGGUGAUCCGUUUGGCGACGGAGAAGAGAUGUAUCUGCAAGGUGCGGCAAUCUGGCAUCCUCGUUGCGGUCCAGGACCAACCGGACCGAACGGUAUAGUCAACGGACACGGAGAAGGUGCACAUACUCCGCAACACAGAGAAUCCGAACGAAUUUCCAGUAGCGCCUCGGAAAUGCAGGUAACUUCGUUUUCAUUGCGGUCACGCACGCCAAGCCUGAACGGAUCACUCUGCAGCCCUUACAGCAGCCUCAGUCGCAAGUAUUAUCCUGCACGAACCGGCAGUCCUGGAUUGAUCCUGAGAGAAUACGGUCGAGGAGGACACGAGGAUGUAUCUAGAAUUUACACUUAUUCUUACUUGACUGAAACGCCCAGUCAAGGAUAUCUGAGACGUCCGAUACAGCCUUACGACAAACCUCCGACAAGUCCCCACUUUCAUAGACCCAGCUCAUCUCGUUCGAUAAGAAGUAGCGGUGGACGUAGUAGCAGAUCAGGAAUGAGAGCAUUGGUCGAUGCUUUGAGCGAAACUCGGCCAAAGUCGCCUGCUGCUGGAAGUCAGGUUGACAACGACGAGCCAAUAGAAUUGGCACAUUAUCCGGAUGCUAUGAAACCUCCACCUGGUGCUCAGCCGCCGAUAGAAAGAGAUGACUUUCCAGCUCCUCCUUAUCCUUAUACCGAUCCCGAAAGACGUAGACGAUGGUCCGAUACUUACAAGGGGGUACCCGCAUCAGAUGACGAGGAUGAGGUAGACAACAAGACGUACAUCAAAGAGGUGGAGCAAAAGUUGAAAAAAGAGCAGGACGAGUUGAGUAAGAUCGAUACGGGAAUAGCGAAGGUGUUUCUACAGGAUCGCGAAAAGGAUCGAGAGAAUUUGAGACACAAAGCUGCCAACGUUGAUCCAAGAAAUGCUUCGAGGACGCCAUCGGCCGCGAGAGAACCAACCUAUAGGCUGCGAUACGAGAGUCCCGUUGGAGCAUCGCCAUCGAGAAACAUAGAUCAUGCACGACCAUGGGAAGACGACGAUGGUUUUAGUUACAGAUCGAGUGGGCCUAGUUACAACGAAAGUGCUAAACGACCUUCUUUUUCACGGAAGAGAAAAGUUGUGAGCUCUCUUCGGCACAUCCCGAAGCCAGGGUACGGUCUGGCACCGCGAAGUCACACCUUCUCCUCGACCGGCGGUUCUGUAUCUGCUCUCCCUGGUGAUUAUUCGUUCAGUGGGAUGGGAGACAAGACGCACAGCACUGAUUUCUCAUCCGGCAAAUCAGAUAUAUCGACAGGCAGCAUCACGGAUGUGGAUCGACGGGCAUUGGUAUGUACCACAGCCCCAUACUACUCCCGGCAAAUUAGCAUGAAUGAUGGUGGUAUCCUGCCAUCCUCCACCACAUACACGGGUGGCCUAGGUUCAGUGGUGGGAAGUCAUGGUGGUCAUCACGUAAGAAGGUCACUGCCGGAUAUGGGUGCCGCACCAACCGAACCACCGAAGCUUUAUCCUUAUCAUUUACUCGUUAUCACCAAUUAUAGACUGCCGGCUGACGUUGAUCGUUGUAAUCUCGAACGACAUUUAUCCGACGCCGAAUUCGAGGCAGUUCUACAGUGUACUCGAGCCGAAUUCUACAGAUUACCGCAAUGGCGUCGAAACGAGAUAAAAAGGCGUGCGCGGCUCUUUUAACUAUUACCAUUUCUUCUUCGUCUAUACAUCGCAUACGCAUACACACACACGUCAAUGAUAAUGUUUCUUCUAAUCUGCAUCGUGUCCGAAUCGUCUGAUAAAGAUCGCUAUCGAUGAUAUGAUACGUAUAUCAGUACAUCUGUAUAUCAUUAAUAGCGAAAGAGGAUCAAAGGUCUUUAGAGAAAAAUCUAUUACUCGUUAUAUGAAUGUAUGAAGGAAAGGAAAAAGAAAAAAAAAAAGAAAAAAAAAAGGAAAAAAAAACGACAAAAAGAAGAAAAAAGAAAACAAAAAAAUGGGCACGCAUGGAGGAAAGAGCAUGACACGAAAGCACGCACUGCCAUUUCACUCAGUCAAUUUCUUCUCUCAGCAACGAAAUUCUCUCUCGGCAGGGCAGCUUUUUUCUCUUCGAUUCAAAUUCAUCCUUCUCGUUAGUAACAUAUUACGCUUUUCGGGAUUCGACGAAACGAUGCGUGAGAGAAUUUAAUCGUCGUUUUAAAUAGAAAUUAUCUAAUCGCUUCAUGUGUCGUGUCGAGUCAUUUUGCAUGGAUUUAAUGUGCCCGUAAUAUACGUCCGAUCGAUUCCUGUUCGUUACAUACAUAAAUACAUACAUUAUCCUCGUUCGUUUCAUCGUGACUCUCUAAAUAUUGAAAACGGUAGAAGGGUAAUUUUACAUAGACACAAAUUUUACCAUAUAACGAUCCAUUCUAAUGCCCAUUAUUUCGCCGUAACAAUUGCAAUGGCCCAGCGAAUAAUAUGAUAGAGAUGUGCUGAAUUAUUUUAAACAGAUACAAUACACAUAUUGUAAAUAGUGAAGAAAAGAAAAAAAGAAAAGGAAUAUUGGCACGAGAAAAGAAUGGAAUAUUAGAAGAUACAUCGCUCGGACAAAUAAAAAAUAAAAUAAUAAGAGAAAGAAUAUAAACAAACAUACACACGAAACACGCUCAUAAUAUUUGCGACAUGUUACGAUACAAAUCUGCUAUUAUCUAUAAGUUAUAUAUAUAUAUAUAUAUACAUAUAUACAUAUAUAUAUAUAAGAGCUAUCAUCAUUAUUAUUAAUUUUUAUCUCUUACUAUUACUAUAUUUUAAUAUUAAGCGAAACUUUAAACGUAUAAAGUUAUAGUUAGUUAGGUGGUUCGGCUUGCCGAAAUCGGUGCGAGUGCGUUGAUAUGAGUAAAAUAAAAAAGAAAAAAAAUAGAAAACGCAGAUCGAAUAUAGACUAUGACGUACGAGCUAUAUUACAUUUUUAAUUUGUCAUUGUUUUACAAGAAAGAAAACACAACAACAACAACAAUAAAAUACAUAUAAAAUAUUGCGCGAUAGCGUAGGCAGUGUUCCUGUCGAGAAUUAUAUAUAUAUAUAUAUAAUUAUAUAUAUAUAUAGCGUUUCUUAACGUAUUCUCUAUUAUAUUUUCUAAAGAAGAAGACAUGCUCUAGUAAGGGGACGAAAAGGCACGCGAUAAAUGAGAAUAAACUCGAACUUGAAACCCUUUCGCAUGACUUAAAACGAACGUUCGCUCUACAUUAGAGUGCAAAAUCUUUAAGAGAACAAACUUAAAAUUCAUUCGACAUCGCGUAGCGAGAAGAAAAUCUUUUUACAUCGAACAUAUUCGAACAAUUCGAGGUCAGCAUCGAUUAUAAUUUAAAAAAAAAAAAAAAAAAAAAAGAAAAGAAAAGAAAAAAAGGAAAAAGGAGAUACGUAGUAACGUGAAAGUAAAGGAUUAAUUCAAAAUCGAGUUCUCAUCGUCGCAUUCACAUAUGCACAUACAUAAAGUACAUAUAUACACCAAGGGAAACAAGUUAAUAACACAUGCGACGCACGUGUGAAGCGUGCUUUUCAUUAGGAAGAAAAAAAAAAAUAUCGCCUCUUACCCUAAGUCAUGUGCCUAUGAAGGAAGAAGAGAUGAUGAAGAAGAAGAAGAAUGUUCGUUAGAAAUUAAAAUACAAAGAGUACGUAGUGUUACACACAUUGUACAUGUGCAUAUACAUGUAAAGCUUGCGUUUUCUCACAGUUUCUUUACGAGGAGGGUAAUUAUAAUAUAUAAUAAAAAAAAAGAAAAAAAAAAUAAAUAAAUAAUAAGAAGAAGAAAGAAAGAUAAAAAGCAAAAGGGAAAAGUAAGGAACGAGCGCCAUGAUCUCUCGUACACGUAACUUGGACUUAUUCAUAUACCUAUCUACCUACCUACAUACAUACAUACAUGCAUACAUACAUACAUACAUACAUGCAUACGUACAUACAUAAAUACUACAUACAUACAAAUACACAAACAUACGUAUAUAUGUUACAUCUUUCGAUAUGAAAGGAAAACGCACCAUGAUAUAAUACCUAUGUGUAUUCUACGCAUGUGAAAAAAUAUCAAAAGGAACGAGAUAAGAAAAAAAAAAGUCCGUCAAAGUAUUUUAGUCCCCUCUCCCCAAAAAUUGUUCUUUUCUACGAUCUUGGAACGGACACGCGUAUACAUGCGUGUAUUCGAGUUAUAAACUCGCUUUCGUCGUGAAACUUUUAUUUACCCUACUUAUAUAUAAUUAAGGUAUAGAAUUAGCCAUGCUUGAGAGAUAAAGAAGAAAAGAAUGAGGAAACAGAUAUUGAAAAUCUGUCUAAUACUUUGAUCAUGGUGCAACGUUGUUGUUCCCACUGUGCAAUGCAUACCAAUGUACAUUUUUGUUGUAUAAAGCACAUUGCUUCCGCUAGUCCCUAAAGUUAAAUAAACGCAAACCUAAAAAAAAAAAAAAAAAAAAAAAAAAAAAAGAAAAGAAAAAAAAAAGAAAAAAAAACUGAAUUCCGUACCAGCUUAUAAGUCAUUUUAUAUGGCAAAGUUUAGCUUUGUGGGUGAAGAAAGUAUUUCAAUGUUUAUUUAAAAAGAUCAAAAGGUUCGUUUAGGAAGAUUCUGCUUUUUCUCUUAAAAUAACAAACCCUUCCAGCAUACUGGACAAAGGUUCAUAUUCGUCUAACAACAACUCCGCCCUUUCGUUAUGCAUUAAAAGGGUUGGGGUCGUAUGAACGUUACCACCAGCUAUAGAUUUUGGAUUGCCAGCCUUGCCAACGAUGUCUACGGCUUGGCCAACUCUAACGGAAACAGGAAGUGUCUGUAAUUAAAAAAAAAAAAAAGAAGAAAAAACAGGAAAUUUGUUAGCAGCAAAGACAUCCUAUAGA